AUGCCAAUAUGCAUAAUAUGUGUCGAGGAUCUACGCUAUGUAAUUCUGGCCAAAGAUAAAAUUCAGCUUCGCUGGCGCCUCGGCGACAGUGCCAUUGACGUUCUUCAGACCUGUCCUCCACCUACCAAUAUCGAGGACAUAUUUGACUCUCCUACGUCAGCCUAUGGCAAUCAUAGUGCUGACUCAUACAAGGCGGUUCAAACGAGGCGGAUGGAUCCUUUCCAUCUUGAAGCCAGAGUCCUUUACACCAUAGAAGGCCGCGAUUCUUACUCCAGUGACUGGUAUCCUCUGGUCGAGGAAAUACAGGGUGGGCCAGUGGGUAAAGUAGAAUUGGAGAGGAAUUCCAGGCUGGAUACAGAAAUGAGCUAUAGGGUCGUGGCCAUGCUCGAUGGACAGCGGUCAAUGCCCAGUCGGUCAAUACGAGUUCUUAUAAAAACCGGCCUGUUAUGCCUUAUAAGUCAUUCCGUUCUUGUAAUCGCAAUGCAGCCAUAUCUUAUGCAGGUUGAUAUCUAUGUCUCACUUUCCAUUAUUUAUGGCUGGCAUUGCCCGGGAGAGGUGAAGAUGGCAAUACUCUUUGAAAUCAAGGGCAUCAUGAAAAUAAAGAUGGGCAAGCAUAUUUCUCUAUUCAACUAUCGUAAUUCUAAUGUCAGCUAG